GUCAGGUUGUUGUUCCCGGGCGCGUGCGUCAUGUAUCAUGCGUCUCAGAUAGUAGAUCACUGAAAACCUUAUAAGUGGAAAAGAACAGCCAUCAUUUAAGUGGACCAGGUGGUUUCGUGUUGUGUUUCCUUCUUGUGGUUUUAGUCCUAUGGAAACGGAUGUUAUCGAAAAGAUGCCGUGCCAUAAUCAGCAGCUGAAUAACAGUGAAAGCCCCGAACACGCCGCGAAGCACGUCCGCUUCGCCCGCAGUAGCGCUGCUGCCGAGACCUGUCAAGAUGACACGGAACCGUGUGAAAACCAAACCAUGAGCGACAUCCAGGGACAAAUAGGACCUCAGCUGAAACUCUUGCCAUUAAAUGACCAAAUACGAGAACUUCAGACUAUCAUUCGGGACAAAACUACCAGUAGAGGUGAUUUUGUGUUCUGUGCCGAUAGAUUGAUACGAUUAGUGGUGGAAGAGGGUCUCAAUCAGCUUCCAUACAGUGAAUGCACUGUAACCACACCAACAGGGCAUAAAUAUGAGGGUGUGAAAUUUGAAAAGGGAAACUGUGGGGUUAGCAUCAUGAGGAGUGGUGAGGCCAUGGAGCAAGGCCUGAGAGAUUGCUGCAGGUCAAUCCGUAUUGGGAAGAUUCUGAUCCAGAGUGAUGAGGAGACACAAAAGGCCAAAGUUUACUAUGCAAAGUUUCCUCCUGACAUCAGCAGAAGGAAAGUUCUGCUCAUGUACCCUAUUCUCAGUACAGGCAACACUGUGAUAGAAGCGGUGCGGGUGCUGAAUGAACACGGCCUGCUGGCCAAACAUAUCAUACUACUGAGUCUAUUCUCCACUCCACACGGUGCACGGUCCAUUGUUCAGGAGUUUCCUGACAUCACUAUACUGACAACUGAAGUUCACGCUGUCGCUCCGACACAUUUCGGCCAGAGGUAUUUCGGCACAGACUGACAAACCACCAAUUCCACAAAAGUUCACUUGGAUUCAUCUGAAGCCUGACCAGCCCACAGCAAGUGUCUGUGUGAGUGUGAGAUUGGUUGAUCAGGGCUGGCCUCUGUAUUUUUAUUGGUUAUGUAUUUAUCCAUGUUUAAUGUGAGCAAAUGGAUCAAGUGAUCUUUCAAAAACAUGUGCUUAUCCAUGAUACCACCAGGAUUAAAACAAACUGUGUUCUAGACUGUUCCUGAACACUCUAGAAUGAUGCAAAUAAAAUAAUUACAAAUAAAAAUAUUUUGUAUUAAA